AAUGUUCUGUCGGGUGUUUUAUGUGGAGUUUAUGUGGAGCUAAGCAGUGGAGGUGGUAUCUCUCACAGGAGGUUACAGAGCUGUGACGAUUCAGAGGCACCUUGCACUGAUGACAACAAAAGAAGCCAAGUCCAAUGUCCUGACUUUGUCCCAGACCAAAAGCACCACAGUACCAGCAGUGAUGGUCCUGCACCUGCAUUUUUAGGUUCCAUCCCAGUGUCAGAGACACAAACGCCCCCAGUGUCCCCAUCACAAGUCUUCUUCCAGUACGAGUGUGCCCCUUCACUUACCGUCCCAACGGAUACACCCCCUCAGUCUGCCUGUGUCAGUCACGCUGCCGCUCACACUGAGGAGAAUGUAGCAGGUCUCAGAUCGGAGGAUCCUAGUUGCCGUGACUACUGUCAGUCAGAGGCCCGCUACUGUGGGAGUGGCCAAGCAUUGCCGCCUGGAGACUGUGGGAGGAGUCAGCCAUCAAACCCAGAAGACAGUGCUGGUAGUAAAGCCUCUGAACCAGAAGAGAGUGGGAGGAGCAACGCAUUACAACCAACAGAUAUUGGGUGUGAUCUAGAGCAUUGUGGGAGCUUCCAUUCUCGAGCUCUACCGACUGUUUUAAUAACAGGCUCAGAUAAGGAAGGAGGGGGCCACGAGUUGUACUGCUUUCCCUGGGUUCAGACUGAACAGCAGUUAGAAGAAUCCCCUACCCAACCCACUCCAGCUGAGAGUCCCUUUUUUUUCCCCCUGACACGACCCCGAGCCCCACAGCCCCCCGUUAUGCCCGUCCUCCCUGAAGAAGAGGAGGAUUCCCCUGAGGAGCUCGACAGUUCCUCCAGCUCACCCAGCACAUAUACACCAGUUGAAAGUAGAGCAGUUACCGUGGCGAUGCCUGCUCCCACCAUUGUCUUCCCAAAGCAAGCGACCGUGACCGUGGUCCAAGCAGACGGUCGCCCUCUGGAACAGACCAGACCACACAGUCCCAGAUCUCGCUUGUCCCGAAACUCCCUGGCAGGACCCAUCACGACAGUCGACAGUACAGGCAAUGUGAUAGACCUGGUGAAAGACCAUCUGCCUGAGCUGCAGCUCUCGGAGGAGGACCGUCAGAAGAACCUGGUGCUACUGCAGGAGGCCAAGAAAGUCAGCGACCGCUUCCUGAGCCGCAGGGGCCGAAAGUCCACCUGCAGCCUCUCUGAAUCACCCACAGGUCUUUCUCCUAACCACACACCAUCCUCCUCACCUGUACCGUCCAGAAACAGCUCUCUUAUCACAGCCCCUCAAAUAGCUGUAGCCACAGAGGUGAACUAUGCCCCCUCAUCGCCUGUCAGCCUGCGAUUGGAGGUUCUGCCUGCGAGGGAGCAGGCUGAUACCAGUAUACCGGAGCAUGAGAGCACCAGGAGGUUGGUGGACUGGAAGCCCAAUGAGAAGCGUAAGGUGUCCUCAGGCACCCUGGCUCCUCGAUACUCUGUUCCCCCACCCCCCAGGGAGCCCAGUGGGGGCCAGAAGGAGAACUGUGACCCCCGGGUAACAGCUAAGAAUUGCCCAGAACCAGUACUAGUCAAUAAGCCAGAGGAGGUUCUGGCCCGAGCCCCCAACCAGGCCCCUGCCACUGGGGUGGCCAAGCCUGUCCCUCGGCCCCCCACUCAGCAGGUCCCCUGCACGGCAGAGAUCAAGACAAUCGGGGCCUUUCCUCCCCUCAUGAGAGCUGUUUCCUGGGACACUGUUGGAACUCUCAACGCCAGAAAUGGGGCACCAAGUCUCCCCCCUACAAACGAGGAAACCUUUGCCUUUCAAGACAAGACCCGGGAUGCCCUGCUCAAGUCCUCUGGGUACAAGGACUUCCCUGUACAGCCUGUCAACGUGCAGAAGCUGUCCAAAAUAAGAGAGGAGCACAAGCUGAUGCGGAACCAAAGCAUUGUGGGGUCAAAGUUGGCAGACUUGAGUGAAACAGCUGAACAGGAAAGAGGGUCUCCUACUGAUGAGGAGGCUAAAGAGAAGUCAGACGCCAUGCCCAACAUCUCAGACAUCAUGCUGAGGAAACUCAAACUGCACAGGGGGCUACCAGGCUGUGCACCUCCACUCACGGAAAAAGAAGUUGAGAACGCGUUUGUUCAACUGUCGCUGGCGUUCCGGAACGACAACUACACUCUGGAGACACGGCUCAAACAGGCAGAGCGGGAGCGGACCCUGACCGAGGAAAACACAGAGAAGGAACUGGAAGAAUUCAAAGGCUCUCUGAAGUGCACGGCACCACAGUGGAGUAACAUGGAGCAGCGGGAGUCUUACCAGUGCCUCAUAGAGACAGUAGCAGUACUGCAYCGUCUGGCCACCAGGCUCUCCAGCAGAGCUGAGAUGGUUGGAGCAGUCCGACAGGAGAAACGUAUGAACAAGGCCACAGAGGUGAUGAUGCAGUACGUGGAGAAUCUGAAGAGGACCUAUGAGAAGGACCACGCUGAGCUGAUGGAGUUCAAGAAGCUGGCCAACCAGACCUCCAGUCGCUGCUAUGGAGGAUCCAUAGACACUGGAGAUGAUGGAGUCCCACGGCCAUCCAGAUCAAUGUCGCUGACCCUGGGAAAGGCUUUGCCCAGGCGGAGGGUCAGUGUUGCGGUGGUCCCCAAAUUUAACCUCCUGAACAUCCCUGGUCAGACCCCGGUCAUGGCAGGACCCGGCCCCAGCGUUGCCAUGGGACCCAGUCCCCAACCCACCAUGGGCCAAGCACUUCCUGUCCUGUGUGAAGCCAACAGUAUGAAAAGCAACUUUCCCACUGAGCCUACACAUCCAGCUAUAGCUGAGAGUGGAAAGACUGUGGCAGAGCAGGAAGCUGAGCAAUCUGCCCCAGCCAAGCCCUCCAUCAACCUAGAGGAGAUCAGAUCAGAGAUCAAGGCAAAGAUCGAGGAGGAGGCCUACAAUAAAGGCUACCAAGAGGGACUGAAGAGAAGUAAAGAAGUCAAAGAGGUGGAGGAGGAGGAAGAGGAGGAGAAAGUAGAGGAAAAGCCAGAAAAGAAG